UCGAUGAGGUUGGCAGGAAACGUCGCGAAAUUUAUUUUCUGACUAUACCGCGAGAGAACGAUUGCUCGAUAUUCGAUUACGCGGGUUCGGGAAGUGACGUGGGAGUAAAACGUGUGCUGUGAAACGACCCACGAGGACGAUGACGACAACAACGAUCACUCAAUAUGAGUUGCAAACUGUUAAGGAGAAAAAGGAAAAUUCAGACAUUGCUGUCGAAGAUACACCACAACUAAAAUCUCACGAUGCACAGCAACCACUUAUUUGGCGCAACAUCAUUGGCAUUGCAAUUUUACAUAUUUUCGGUGUCUAUGCAUUUGCGACUAGUUGCACGCAGGCAAAAUUGGGAACCUGGAUAUUUAGUCCACUAUACGGUAUAUCAGCGGGCUUAGGUAUCACGGCUGGGGCUCAUCGUUUAUGGGCUCAUAGAAGUUACUCUGCAAAGUUACCGCUCAGAAUAUUUCUCGCUUAUCUGUAUUGCAUGGCAGGUCAGACACACAUGUACAAAUGGAUAAGAGAUCACCGAACUCAUCAUCGUUUCUCGGAAACAACGGCGGAUCCACACAAUGCUAAUCGUGGAUUCUUUUUCUCUCACAUGGGAUGGCUGAUGAUGAAGAGGCAUCCUGAUGUCAUUCAAAAUGGAAAAGAAAUCGAUAUGAGCGAUAUCGCCGCUGAUCCGGUCAUUCAGUUUUUCGACAAAUUCUAUGAGCCCAUCAUGUUGUCCUUGUGUUUCGUUCUGCCAACUCUAAUACCCGUUUACUGUUGGAAUGAAACUUGGUACAUCAGCAUCCACGCUGUCAUCAUUCGUUACAUCUGGCUGCUAAAUGCAACCUUUCUCGUCAACAGUUUCGCACACAUGUGGGGCAAUCGGCCAUACAAUAGGAAGUUGAGGCCAACGGAGAAUCCAACAGUGGCCUUUUUUACACUCGGCGAGGGUUGGCACAAUUAUCAUCACUCCUUCCCAUGGGAUUAUCGUGCCGCCGAACUUGGCGCUUAUGGACUAAAUCCAUCGACGGCAUUUAUUGAGAUAAUGUCGUGGUUCGGUUUGGCCUACAAUCUCAAAACGCCCAACAGGGAUUUGGUCAAGAGUUUCAAUCUCAACAAGGGCGAUGGGACCGACAGUUUUUGGGGUCAUCAGUAUCAUAAAAAUAUUCAACGCAAACGUUGAUAAAAGUAAAAUUUUUUUUUUUUUUUAUAAAUUUCACUUCUUUCAUCUUUUGAUAAAAUUUUAUCUUUUUGACGAAAAUUAAAUAAUUUUUGUCAAAAUGAUAUAAUUUUAUCGAAAAAUAUAAUUUUAUCGAAAGAUAUAAUUUUAUCAAAAAGAUAUAAUUUUAUCAAAAAAGAUAUAAUUUUAUCACUUUAGUAGAGGAAUUUAGAGGAAAAUAAUGUGUAUAGAUUAUUUAUAGUAAUUUUUUUGAUAGAAUCUAAGUGUUAUAUUUUAUGAUAGUUUUUAAGAUUUUUAAAAAUUCCCGCCUUUUGUAGUUCACUGCGCGUGCGGCUGGACCAAAAAGAAACUCUCUGCGCAAGCUGCUGCGCACUAUAUAAAAGGCGCGAAAUUCAAAACACAAAAAUACUUUAAAGUGUAAUUUUUAUUCUUUCCAGUGGUAAAAAAGUAAAUUGCGAAAUAUUUUGCAGAACAAAAAGUAAUAAAUAAAAAAAAAAUGUCAAAAGCCUUAAAAAAAACUUAAAGCGCACUAAAAAAACGCGAAAUUCAAAACACAAAUAAAUUUAAAGUACAAUUUUUAUUUUUUUUCUGCAGUAAAAUAGUAAAAUAAAAAUUGCUGUGCCAGAAAUUUUUUUGUCAGAAUAUUUUUUCCUCGAGAUAAAAUUGUCUGCAAAUAAAUUUUUUCUUUUUCUGCUAAUUAAAUAAAUUGAACAAUUAUUGAAAAGAAAAGUUAACGACAAACAAAUUUGUACGUUUUCACUCUCGAAAAUUGAAUUAGUAAAAAUAUUUAUUAAUUUUAAUUAGUGAUUGACUUUUUGCUUUUGAAUUAGUAAACUUCACAAAGAAAUUAUUAGAAAUAAUAAUUUUUUAGUAAAAAUUUCCUCAUUUAAAGUCAAACAAAAAUUUCGGCCCAUUGUAUUUCACCACAGCGCAUGCGCUGAGUGGCUGGACCAAAAAUAAACUCUCUGCGCAUUUUUCUCCGCACUAAAAGGGCGCGAAAUUCAAAACACAAAAUUCUCUAAAGUGUAAUUUAAAUUUUUUUUCUGUAGUAAAAAAGUAAAAUAAAAUAAAAAAAAUAAAAUAAAAAAAAAAUUAAUAAAAUAAA